AUGAGAUGCAGGCAAGUCAUAAAACUCCCUGAUCCACUGCUGUUCAGCGCAUUUUUUUGUUAUAAACUGUGGCCUGAAAAUAUAUUAAUACAUGUUCCUUCUUUUUCUCCCUCAGAUAAACUAACAGUUUUUACUGUAGCAACUAAAGAAACUGAUGGCUUUCACCGUUUCAUGCAAACUGCAAAGCACUUCAACUACACAGUAAAGGUACUUGGAAAAGGUGAAGAGUGGAAAGGUGGUGAGCUGCCGAACUCUAUUGGCGGAGGGCAGAAAGUUCGACUGCUGAAAGAAGGCAUAGAAAGCUAUGCUGAUCAAGAGGACUUGAUUGUAAUGUUUGUUGAAUGCUAUGAUGUUAUCUUUGCGGGGGGCCCUGAAGAACUGCUAAAGAAAUUUUGGGAAACUAAUCAUAAAGUGGUGUUUGCAGCAGAUGGACUAAUUUGGCCGGAUAAAAGGCUAGCUGACAAGUAUCCUCUUGUCCGGAGUGGAAAACGAUUCCUGAACUCAGGAGGAUUUAUUGGUUAUGCUCCAUAUAUAAAUCGUAUUGUGCAGCAGUGGAAUCUGCAGGAUAAUGAUGAUGACCAGCUGUUUUACACCAAAAUCUAUGUUGACCCAUUGGCAAGGGAAGACAUUAACAUUACUUUAGACCACAAAUGUACAAUUUUUCAGACCCUAAAUGGAGCUGUUGAUGAAGUAGUUUUGAAAUUUGAAGAAGGAAAAGUAAGAGCAAGGAAUUCAGUGUACGACACGUUACCAAUCACUGUUCAUGGAAAUGGUCCCACUAAAAUUCACUUGAAUUAUUUGGGAAACUAUAUUCCUAAUGCUUGGACACGGGAAACUGGUUGCAGUAUUUGUGAUUUAGACUUACUAGACCUGUCAACAGCAACG